AUGGUAUUCAAUACAGCUGCUACUAUUCUGAAAACUAUUCAACUGAGUGCAGACGUCAUUGGUAUAAUUGUUACAAUUCCUUAUCUUUUAUCAAUUAUUCUUAUCAAACGUUUUUGUAUAACAUCAAAUUUGUUUGUGGCCCAUGUUCUUUGUGCCAAUCUAUAUUUAUGCAUUAUUACUUUGAUAUUUGGUUUAUUCGAUAUCUUCUAUAUCGAUAACUCUAAAACGAUUUGUCCAUUUUCAGUCUAUGCUCGGUAUUCAGCUGUUUGUGUAGCCGUCAAUGCACUUGCUGUUGUAUCAUUAAAUCAACUUUGUCGAAUAGUUUAUCCACGAGUAUUGUUAUUCAAGAAAAACCUAUGGGCAUUGAUUCGUUGUGGAAUUCAAUGGUUUUUGGCAUUUGGUCUCUCUUCAGUUACUCUUGCUAAUGAUUAUCAGGUAGGUAUUAGCAUGGGAUCUCAAAUAAAACAUUCAAAAGUCUUUCCGAAUCGCAUGAAACUUUCAGAGUUGUGUAGGCCAUGUUAGCCUGAGAUUAUCUGUAGAAUUAGUUUUUAAAAUUUUAUUAAUAAACAGAUACAUAUUAAAGAUGAUAAACUAUAUCGUCUUUGUAUAAAUCACAGGAAAUAGGAUCUUUUAGAAACAAAAUGAACCUGUCGAUCUAAAUGCACCAACGUAUCAAUUGUAUUUGUUGAUUAUAUAUAUCAUUUGAUUGCGGCUAUAACAGACUGUGAUUUUCUCAACACAUAGAUUAGAUGAUUAUUUCAUUUAUACAACAUACUCACUAAUAGGAUUGUACAGCUCACGCUCAUUCUCAAAUAAGCGCUAAUGAGCGCUCGUGACCAUGAGCGUUUUCGUUUAAGAAUAUCCUCAAAAUGCAGUUCAUUUAACAAUUUUGUGACUAGGACUACACAGUUCUUGCUUUUUUGAUCUCACAAAAUGCGGAACAAAGAAAUAUGAAACAUCUCAUCUUCUUAAAUUCAUAUGAGCCAGUCCAUAAGAGCCACGACGAAGCUUUCCUAAUGAGGUCAUCAGGUUUAGUUUAAAUUGAGAUGCUAUAGAGAGAAGACUUUUGAUGCAAGGUGUUCCAAAAAAUAUUGUUCCAUUCUCGAGAUAUUUAAAUUUUAUUGAAGGCACUACUCUCAAGCAAGCACAGUUUUUGUGAUUUUGUGUGAUAGUCGUAUAUCACUAACAAUAAAUUGGUUUGGCUUGACAUUUUUACUGUGUAUAUAUCUCAAGUAGAUGUAUUCAUCAUAAAAAAAUGAGUUCCAAUAAAUGAACUGUUGACGAGUUGAUUCGUACUAUCAGAUACACAGCAAAAUGGUUAUUUUUUUGGUGUAUUGUGCAUAUACAUAUCUCAUGAACAAAUUAUAUUAUAGAACUGAAAUUUUGGCUAAAGAGAGAAUUCAUUGAGUAAUUAUUCUAGUAAAGAAUUUAGCUCUCUAGAUAGUUCCUAUCGUUCAGAUAACCUACCACAAAAUCAUGACUUUGACUAAAACCACGUUUUUGGCCGGUUUUAAUCUGUCAAGGAAUGGAUCCCAUAGAAGUUGAGCUCGUGCCGGUUUAAAUUACACAUUGAAUACUGCAAAGGUAUGCAGCAAUCGGUCUGAAAUCUUGUAAAGGCUCUGCAGGGCCUUGUUGAAAGAUAACCAAAGGGUAUGGAUGUGGUUGUGAGUAAAAAGAAGAUCUUCAUUCGCCCACACCCCCAUCCCACCCUCAACAUAUACA